AUGAGGAAUGUUAGAAAUGUAAAAGAAGCUCGACGGAAAACGAAAGAAAUAACGAAACAAGCAGACCACGGUCCGUUCUACAAAGACCAGGACCGGCUUAGACCGGACCGAGUAGGACCAUUAGAUUUAAGCAUAGAUACCUUAUAUUCGGUGAUCAAAGAAUUUAUUGAAAUUCCAGAACUUAAUGCAAGCAAUGUUAAUUAUUCAAACAUAGCAUUAUUAUUUAACAAGAUGGCCGAUCGUGUUAUAAGACCAAUUUGCGCAGAAUUUUCUAUGGUCAACAGGAAACACCAGAGAAAGUCUUGGGAUGACACCGACGAACAGAUUUGCCACCGAUAG